UAUUAAGUUAAAGUUGCGACAUCUAAUUAGCUUUGGGAGCCACUUAACAAUGGAAUAAGAAAAUUCAAAGAAAUCGCACAAAUGCGAUUGUUCCUUGAUUUUGUGUUGCGUAAAAGAGAUGCUGCAUGGACAGAUAGAACUUGUACAAAGAAAAGUGAAGAAUAAAUAAAACUAAAGCAAAAGGUUUCUACUGCAACAGUGCUUCUUACAAAAAUGGCACACUGUAUAUCUUGCAGUUUGUAAAAUCUAGAUCUUAAUAUAGAAAACCCCAAAUUUUGGUUUUUAUUCUCUUUAUGUGUCUUGCUCCAAACAGCAAUUUGAUUCAAUUAAACCCAAAAGCUCUAAAAUAAUCAUAUGAGACCAGUCAUACUCAGCAAACUGUAGUCAUUGGCCAAUGGCCUUGAACCAGACCAAAGGUGAAAAGUCUCUAGUUGAUUUAGAAGCAGACAUUCCUAUCAAAAGCAUCCUUAUCAUGCAUGAUCCUGAUGGACGUGAACUUGAUUUUGAAAUGUUGCUUCGGGUGAUCGAAAACAUCAUGCACUACUCUACUUCAUCACAAAUCUUUGAUCAGCAGGAAGAUACCCUUGAUAUAAGCAGCAUAGUAGAGGAAUCAGAAGAUCGCUUAGCAUACUCGAUAUACAAGAUAUCAAGCGAGAUACUUAGCAAGUGCUACGGGAAUGAAAAUGCACAUGAAAGUACAUUAAGUGUGUUGCACUUACUUGGAAGCUAUAGAUGGGAUGAUAAGCUUCUUCUAGCUUUGUCCGCUUUUGCAACAGUCUUUGGCGAAUUCUGGGUCAUCAUACAGGCACAAAGCCAGAAUCCUUUAGCUGCAUCAAUUGCAUUACUUAAGCAAUACCCAAAUAGCUUCAACAUGUUUGAACCUAUUUUUACAGCAUUGAACUCGUUAGUUAAAACUAUGAUAGAAAUUACAAGGAGCGUUUCACAGUUUGAACGUCUACCAAUAAGGCACAUAGAGCUGCAGGAUGAAACUGUCAGUGUUGCAGCUACAAAAUCGUCAAUAUAUGUUGCUGCUUAUUGGAUCAUCAGAAGCAUUAUAGUCUGUGUGUCUCUCAUCACAAAUUUGAGAUCCCUCCAAGAUGAGCAAGUGCACCUUCUUGCCUUUCAGGAUCCAUAUUCAAUAUCUAGCGCUGUAUGGGAGAUUGCGAGUUUAAGAAGAAAAUUAGACGGAAUUGGCAAUCAUCUUAAUGCAAAAGUAGAUGUCUGCCAGCAACACACAGAGCAGAAGAUGCACAUGAAGCUUGUAAAUGCAUUUCAGGAGCCACACUUGAACAAUCAAGACGUGCUACAAAUAUUGUUUGGUCAGAGGAAUGACUUGCCACUAAAGCAUUCAUCUGCGCAAGCCAAGGUUGACAUCUCCUCACUGAAAAACAAAAUUGUUGUACUGUUAAUUUCAAAGCCAGAACUCCUGCCUGUUAAUGAAUUGCUUUUACUGGUUCAACAAACAUAUGACCAUCCUCUUCACAAUAAUCUAAAACAAAGCUUCGAUAUCUUAUGGGUCCCUAUUUCAACUUCCAAUAGAUGGAGUAACAAUGACAUAACAAUCUUCAACCUUCUGUCGAACUCCUUGCCGUGGUACUCAAUUCGACAACCAUGGUCACUCAGAUCAACAACCAUACAUUAUGCAAAAGAAGUGUGGCAAUACCAUGAACAACCCAUAAUGGUUGUCUUGGACCCUACAGGAAUGGUUUCAAAUAUAAACGCUAUUGACAUGGUAUGGAUCUGGGGAAUGAAGGCAUACCCUUUCUCCUUCUCAAGAGAAGAGGAAUUGUGGAGAAAUGAGAGAUGGAAUCUGAGACUCUUACUUGACAGUAUUGAUCCCUUGUUAACCAUGUGGGUAGAAGAAGAAAAAUCAGUUUGCAUUUACGGAAGCAACAAACUUGAAUGGGUACGAGAAUUCACCACAGAGAUUAAGAACAUACAAAGCUUAGCAGCACAGCUAGAGCUGGUUUAUGUUGGUAAUAAAGAACAAAGUGCACUUGCAUGCAGCAUAGUCUCUGCCAUAGAAAGAGAAAAGCUAAGUCACACUCUCUCAAUGACCAAGAUACUUCUAUUUUGGUUGCGAAUUCAGAGUGUCAAAAGAUCAAGACUGAAGUUCAACCAGAGGACUGACACAGACCAGAUUCUAAGAGAAGCAAUAACAUUGCUGGAUACCUGCAACGAAGAUAAUUGGAUGAUAUUUGGAAGCAGUUCUUCAGCAGAUAUUCUAAAGCUUCAUGUUAAAGAAUGGGCCAUAUUCUCAAGUAGAUACCCAUUAUGGAAAAAGUAUUUGCCACAAAUUGGAUUAGUAGAAGCAAUCAGACGCUCUCUGGAACCUCCUACUACUGAACCAUGCACCCACUCAAGAGUCACUACAUACAACAAAGAGCAAAUGGAAGAGACAACAUUUUGUGAUAAAUGUAAGCGUCCAAUGAAGAAGUUUUUCAUGUAUGAUGUGGUGGAACAGGCUUCCAGGAUAAAAUAUGAUUAACUUUCAUAACGAUUCAAAAGAUUGUGGAAGCACAAUGAACAGGUUCAUCAUGUAUCCCUCCUGUAACGAUCCCCCUAAAGUUUUCCCUUACAACUACACUGCAGUUAGUAUUAAGUGUUUGCGAAGUCACAUCAUUUGUUGCUCCAGGUUUGUAACAUAGUAGUAAUAAGUUUCCUCUUUAAAAGCCCAGCCCACAAAUAAAAUGUAUAAACAACAACUCUAGACUUAAUCCUAGUUCAUGCUGUAAUAUAGUUUAUCACUCAAGUACUAUCAAAGUCUGAUGCAGAAACUUGAGUCCGAGUAGCAUAGUAGUUGUUGCAUAAUUCCUGAAUAAGACACAUCCAAGGAUGAUUGGCCAGGCUGAUUGCCACUAAAGCCUAGUCCAAUGUUGCAACAAUGUUUCACUCAAACACUGUCAAAGUUCAAUACAAACACUAAAGCUCGAGUAACAUAGUAGUUGUUACAUAGUUCCUUGUUAAGCGUGUCUAAGGAUGAUUGCCAUUAUGUCCUAGUUCAAUGUUAUAACAUAGUUUCACUCAAAUAUAUCAGAGUUGAACACAAACACCCAAGUCCGAGUCCAAGUGUAAAGUAGCAGUUACAUAGAUCCAAAAUAAAAAGCGUACAGGGAUGUUUGCCACCAUAUCCUAGUUUGAUGUUGUAACAGUUUCAUUCAUACAAUCAAUCAAAGUUCAACACAAAUAGUCAAGUCCAAGUAACUUUGUAGAUACACAGUUCCUCAAUAAGACACCCAGUUCAACACCAUUGCCGCAAAAUCCUAGUUUAUAGGAGUAUUUGUAACCAUAUUGUGUAUAAUUAUAUAUCUAGGUUAAUGUGAGUCUGUGAUUAAC